AUGGUGGUUUCAGCAGCGGUGGUCUUGGUGGUGAUCGCGGAGGCAGUUGUCCUGGCAGCCAUCACAGAGGCAUUAUAUUUGGCAGUGGAAUCUGAGACUGUUGACAAUAGGAUAAAAGUUGAAUUCAGAGCUUUCCUCAGCACAGAUGCCCCAAUACUUCUGUGGUAUAGUGCUUCCGAGACAUACUUCAAGGUCAAUUCAGAGAUGCUCUUGUGUACAAUGAAUGAUACCAGGAAAUUUACAUGGGUGUUUAUUCCAGUUUUGUAUUCAAUCAUCACUGCAGCAGGCAUUAUUGGCAAUGGUUUGGUUGUGUUAACCUAUUCCCUUUACAAAAAGGUGAAGUCUAUGACUGACAUGUACCUAAUGAAUUUGGCUAUAGCCGAUAUACUGUUUGUGGUUACUUUACCAUUCUGGGCUGCAAAUGAAGCAAAUGGGUGGAUCUUCAAGGACAUUGGAUGUAAGGUUCUCAAGGGGAUGUACAGCGUCAACUUCUACAGUGGGAUGUUGUUGCUAGCUGUUAUUAGUAUUGAUCGAUAUAUUGCUAUCGUUCAUGCAACUAAGUCCUUCAAUUACAGAGGAAAGGCACUGAUUUACAGUAAAAUUAUUUGUGUAGUUAUCUGGCUAUCUGGAAUUGUUGUAUCCCUGCCAACAUUUGUUUUUAGUGAAAUGUACAAGUUUCAAACAACUGGAGAAUAUAUAUGUGAUAUCAGGUACCCUAAAAACUAUUCAAAUAUUGGUAAAAUGAUUGCUCCAACAAUACAACUCACACUGGGGUUUUUUAUACCUCUUUUAAUCAUGGUUUUCUGUUAUUCAUUAAUAAUUAACACACUUAUCCAAGCCAGAAACUUCCAAAGACAUAAGGCAUUUCGAGUUGUAUUGGCAGUAGUGAUAGCAUUUGUCUUUUGCCAAGUGCCAUACAACGUCAUUGUACUUUAUGAAACUUUAGUUAAAACAGACAAUUGUGAGCUUCACAAACAAAUGACCAUUGUGCGUACAGUAGCACAAUCUUUGGCCUUUUUACAUUGCUGUCUAAACCCUGUUCUCUAUGCAUUUAUUGGUGUUAAGUUCCGGUUUUAUUUUACAAAAAUUAUUCGAGAUAUCUGGUGUUUAAGCAAAAGGUACAUGACAUUUCGCCACAGUCCAUCCAGGCGUACCAGUGAAACAUUUGUGUCAAAGCGCACUUCUGAUUUUGAUAUUGACAACCCAUCAUCUUUUACGGUAUGA